AUGACCAUCUGUCUAGACGCCUACCUAAUCCCAUUAAGUCUCUUCCUCACGCUGGGUUACCAUGCAUAUCUAUGGCACAUCUACAAGAACAAACCCUCUGCUACCUCCAUUGGAAUUCUUGCACUCAGAAGGAAAUACUGGUUCCUCACCAUGAAACAGGGUCGUGAUGAUAAGAAAAUUAUGCUGGGUGUGCAAAGCUUGAGAAACGCAUUAAUGGUGAGCAUACUAACUGCCAUCAUCGCAAUUAUGGUUAACGUAGCAUUGGCAGCAUUGACAAACAACGCGUACAAAGAGAGACAUCUAUUUAGCGCUGAGUUUAUGGGUUCGGAGUCAGGGAGGAUAUCCGUGGUGAAGUAUGGUUCGGCGUCAUUGUUUCUGUUGGUUAGCUUCUUGUGCAGCUCCAUGGCAGUUGGGUACUUGGUUGAUGCAAAUUUCUUGAUUAUAAAUGGCUGGAGUUAUACGAGAUCAAUAAUGGAAAGAGGGUUCGUGUUGGGUUUUGUUGGGAGUAGGAUGUUGUGCAUCACCUUCCCUUUGCUGCUAUGGAUGUUUGGUCCUAUUGCAGUGCUCUUGUCCUCUGCUGGACUUGUUUGGGUACUAUACGACAUUGACUUUGCUUCGAAAUUCCAUCAUACAUGA